AUGCAAAAUAAAAUUAGAAACACCAGACUUGAAAACAAUGGGAUUGUAAUGUUUACACUAGACGUCAGUACGGAAGUCGAAGAAUACAAAUUUGAAAUACUAAGACAGUCUCCUCAUGGAAUUCCAACAUAUACAUACCUACCCUUUAAGAAUUUCAAAAUAGUAAGUGUAGUUGAAAAAUCUAUUCCCAUUUGGAGUCCAAAAGUCCAAGGAGAAGUAUGUACGAAAGUUACAGUAUGCACAAGAGAUGGACCAAUUUUGGUUCAUAUCAUAAUAGAGUCACCAGAAGGGAAAGAGGCGUCGAUAUAUUAUGUAAAGGAGAAAAAAUCCUGGAGAGAAGUUACGUUGAAUACAUUUUAUUCACUGUUUAACCAUUUGGCCCUGAACAAGUCCGUGUUGGAGUACGUUACACUAAAUAUCGGUUCAGUGAUAGAUAGAACACAUUUCUCACUAAAUUCAACACCAGAUAAACCAUUUAAAAUUAUCGUACCAUACCCAGGAUAUGUACUAAGCAGAGUGUUCGACGGAAUUAAUACGAUCUGGAAAAGUAGAUUCUGUGAUGACCACUGCACAUAUGUUAAUAUAUUUUAUAAUAAUAAGAAGCCGAUAUUGAUACACUUAGCAAUUUCUAAAAGACGCUCUGAAGAAAGAUUGUUUUUCAAAAAGGUUUUAAUGUCCUGGAAACAAAUAAGUAAAGAUGAAUACAUUGAGUCCCUAAACGAAUUGGGCUUUGAUUUAACAGUAUUCAAUAACCAUGUAACAUUCGACUUUUCGGAUCCGGACAAGUAUAAAUUUGUAGUACAGAGAACAUAUAAUAUGGAUAUAAUGUCAGAAAUCUUCUCGCCACUGCCAGGAUACAGCGUUAAGAGAGUAGUAGAUGACGAAAGAAUAAUAUGGGAAAGCAAUACAAUGGACCAGUGUAUAUUUGCAAGGUUUUAUUCAAGGAACAAAAUAGCAUUACUUUGUCAUUUAUUGGUAACAGACUCUAAAGAGAACAAAAUAUUGUAUUUUAUGAAAGAUGGAGAAAACUGGUCAUUGGUGGAUAAGAGGACGUUCUAUUACUUUUUAUCUAAUAAAGAUGACCCAAUAUAUACACACAGAGGAAUCGGAGUGGACAAAAAAGGUGACCGAAAGCUUUUGAUGAGCCACUUUAGAAAUAAACAAGGCUUGUUAAUUAGAACAUACUGCUGUAAAGUAGAUAACCCUAAGGGAAACAUAAUAUUAAUUCACGGCUCCUGUGGACAUUUUAAAUCUCAGUUCUGCAGUUAUGAUAUGGAUUGGCACUACGAACGUUUCGGUUACCCAAUACUGCCGUACAUGAAGGAUUUUACAAACAUUAAGAUGGACUCAUUUUAUAAGGACCUGAAUUUUGAUAAUAAAACAUGUGAAGUGUACAAAGAUGUGUUCGGAUGGUCAAAGUUGGAUGGAAUAGAUGCAUUUGAGAUUUCACCAAGAUUUCAAUAUAACGGAACUUUUCUAGAGUCUUUGAAUAACAUGGGAUUUAACGUUUAUGGAAUGGACUCACAAUCACAUGGGCUGUCAGAAUCAGUGCCAGACUCUAAGUUCUAUAUAAACGAAUUCAAGGACUAUGUUAACGAUGUGUUGCAGUUUGUAGAUAUUGUGAAGAGAGGAAACUUUGAGAGCACAAAGGAAGAGUGGAACGAAGAUUUCGUGUACAGUGUGAGCUCAGAUAACGUGGAUCUUAAAUGUUACCUGUCAGGAUUCUCGCUGGGAGGAAAUAUUGCAAUACUUGCAGUACAAGAAUUCCAUAAAAACGCAAAACCAGGAGUAAGAUUUGUAGACGGGUUGUUUAUAUUAUCGGGAGUCCUAAACAUCGACAACAAUCUUGAUACGUUCGCAAAGAAAUUUACAAUAGCAUUGAUAAAAUUCACGUCCCUGAUGACACCAAGAACACAACAAAACCCGUUGGAAAAUAGUUUCUUAUUCUCGGACUCAUUUGAAAUGUUUUCAAGAUACAAGGAUCCAACAUUUUACAACGACCGCUUGUUCUAUAAGACUGUAGAGCUUCUAUUUGGAGCCUGUAAAGAUAUUUUAAAAAAUAUGAAGUAUUACCCAGAUAAAUUACCAACGUUAUUCAUACACGUCUCAGACGAUCCAAUGUGCGAUGUCAACGGGCAAAGAAAUGUAGUGUACAAUUACUUGAAGGAUAAAAGUGACGUUAAACUAGUAGAAUUAAAGGGGAAUACACAUCACCUAGUCCUUUCGCACAUCUUCCCGAAUGUGAUGCCGAUCAUUAACGACUGGGUUUUGUCACAUUCUAGCAAAUCGUCCUUUAAAUUUAAUUGA